AUGGGCCAAAAACAGUCGGCAGUUCAGGCGACCUUCUUCUGCCCCGCCACGGGCGCCGAGGUGACGGACCCGCUCGGGGUGUGCGCGCAGUGCCAGAACUGCCACGACAUCAUCUGGCAGUCGGUCUUCGUGUGCCCCAACACGGGCUACCGGAUCGAGAACCCGCCGUCGUCGAUGCUGCGGCCGGACAAGGAGUGCCCCAGCUGCUUUCAGCCGCACUCGCCCUACAGCAAGCGCGUCUACGUCUGCCCCGUGACGGGCGCCCAGAUCGCGCACCCGCGCGACACGGGCGGCAAAUGCCAGCGCUGCAGCCGGAGUCACGAGGAUAACUCGACCCCGAUCGGGAGUCGGGAAGCUGUGGUUGCGCGGGCGGGGAGGGAUUGA